UCCCUUGCAACACUUUGGUACUUCAACACUUUGGUGGAUUUCCCUCAAACAGAAGAUGACAAGUCGUCAACUCUUAUUCGUGUUGCUCGGUGUUUUCGCCAUUACACAACUCGUAAUCUCUGAGGACCAAGAAGGAUUUAUCAGCUUGGAUUGUGGGUUAUCCGCAGAUGAGCCUCCUUAUACCGAUUCAUCUAACAAAUUAAGAUUCUCCUCGGACGCCAAAUUUGUUGAGGGUGGGAAAAGUGGUACAAUCCAGAAACAUUUGGAGGCAGACUAUUUGAAGGCGUAUACAACUCUAAGAUACUUUCCUGAUGGGAUACGAAACUGCUAUAACCUAAAUGUCACGCAAGACACUCGCUAUUUGGUCAGAGCUUCGUUCGUGUAUGGAAACUACAAUGGUCUGGACAGUCACCCAAUUUUCGAUCUGUAUAUAGGUAGGAGUUGGUGGGCAACAAUAUCUAAUGAUCUGGAAGACCCUAAUAACAAAUGGACAUCACUGCAAUCACUGGAAAGAGGAUAUGGUAUGUCUGAAGAAAUCAUUCACACCGCAAUAUUUAACACUUUGCAGGUUUGUCUUGUUAAGACAGACGCAACAGUGCCAUUCAUUUCAGCCUUAGAACUUCGGCCAUUGAGUGAUAAUGUUUAUGCUACUCGAAACGGCUCCCUUAAGAGAUUUGCCCGAGUCUAUUUCAGCAAUACUAAUAGCUCUAUACGGUAUCCUGACGAUGUCCAUGAUCGUACGUGGAUUCCAUUCUACAGUGAUGACAUGACGAUGAUAAACAACAACAAUGUCAGUAUAGAAAACUCUAAUCCUUUUGACCCGCCACAAGCUGCAAUUAGGACGGCUGCCAGACCAACGAAUGCAAGUUCACCUCUCAUCCUUUUCUGGACUACUUCAGAUUCAACAGACCAGUUCUACAUCUACAUUCACUUUCUUGAACUACAAGUGUUACGAGCCAAUGAGGCUAGGAUAUUCGCUAUUUUUUUCAAUGGAAACAUUACUUCUCAAGCUUAUAGUCCUUCCAAGUCCAUGAUAGACACAGUAUACAACAAUGUACCUCUAAGCUGCAGUAAUGAUUCGAUGUGCAGCUUGGAACUCAGAAAAACUCCCCGUUCAACUCUUCCACCUCUAAUAAACGCCAUUGAGAUUUUCAGGGUACUUGAGAUCAUAGAAGCAGUAACAGAUGAAAAUGACGUCCUUGCGAUUAAGAACAUCCGAGCUGCAUAUGCAUUAAGCAACGAGAGUAGAGAUCCCUGCGUCCCUAAACCAUCCCAUUAUCUCAAUUGCAGCAACAGUAUGGAUACGUCUGAACCAAUGAAAAUCAUUUCCCUAAAUUUAUCUUCAAAAGGAUUAUCCGGUAUCAUAUCACCUACCAUUCAAAAUCUGACCAAGCUUCAAGUGCUGGACUUGUCAAGUAACAAGUUGACCGGAGGAGUGCCCGAAUUUCUAUUCCAAAUGGCGUCCUUGUUGUUCAUAGACUUAAGCAAUAAUAGUUUAAGUGGUUUGGUACCGCAAUAUACAGGAAAGGAAGGGCUGGUCGUAAUCCUUCGGGGAAACCCAAACCUUUAUAACAUUUCUUCAUCCAAAAAGAAAUUCCCAGUAGCAGUUGUCGCGUCAGUUGCUUCCAUCGUCAUUUGCCUGGUUGUGCUUGUUGUCCUUUACAUUGGCCUACGAAGAAAGUGGUCAAGUAGAGAGGCUCUACGCCCAUCAAUCGAAACAGCAAAGAGAAGGUUCACUUAUUCAGAGGUUAUGGGAAUGACAAAUAAUUUCCAGAAGAUUCUUGGUGAAGGAGGGUUCGGGAUCAUCUAUCACGGUCAUCUAGACGAUAUCCAGCAAGUAGCUGUUAAAGUACUAUCUCAAUCAUCAUCUCAAGGAUAUAAGCAGUUCAAGGCUGAGGUCGAACUAUUAAUGAGAGUUCAUCAUAUAAACUUGGUAAACCUUGCUGGAUAUUGUGAUGAAAGAGAUCAUUUGGCACUCGUCUAUGAGUACAUGGAAAAUAGAGACUUAAAAGAGCAUCUCUCAGAAGGCUCCUCAAUCUUGGACUGGCCAUGUAGACUAAGAAUAGCUGCAGAGGCUGCACUUGGACUGGAAUACUUGCAUACCGGAUGCAAACCGCCAAUGAUUCAUAGAGAUGUCAAAAGCACAAAUAUUUUGUUGAAUGAAGACUUUCAGGCGAAACUUGGUGAUUUUGGGCUUUCAAGAUCCUUCCCUGUUGGGAGUGAAACUCAUGUGUCGACAGUUGUUGUUGGAACUCCUGGAUUCCUUGAUCCUGAAUAUUUUCAAACACAUCGGUUGUCCGAGAAGAGUGAUGUCUAUAGUUUCGGUAUUGUAUUAUUAGAAGUCAUCACAAACCAACUCGUGAUUGAUCAAACUCGUGAAAGGCCUCACAUAGCAGAAUGGGUGAGGUAUAUGCUCUCGACAGGAGAUAUAGAAAGUAUAAUGGACCCAAACCUCAAAGGGAGCUAUGAGUCUAGCUCUGCCUGGAAAGCUCUUGAACUAGCAAUGUCGUGUUGCAUACCCUCUUCAGCAGAAAGACCAAACAUGGCUCAAAUUGUUCAUGAACUAAACGAGUGUCUAAUGUACGAGAACUCAAAAAGAGGAAAGAGUCAAGAUGUGAGCUCGAAGACUCCCACUGAAGUGAGCACAAGCACCCAAAUGGCUCCAAUGGCACGUUAGCCUGUAUUUGUUUUAUCUACUUGUGAUGGUAUGGCAAAAUGACUGCCUUCACCAGAGGUCAUCUUUCAUUAAUCAGAAGGCCUGUCAAGGAUUUUUUAGUUCCUCCUAGAUGGUAUUGCCCAAGCUACACGUUGGUUAUUAUAUAAUAUUUUCUUUGUGUGUAAAAUAAAAUGAAAUUCUAAUUUACAACAUUUU